AUGGUCCCCAGCUACACCCUUCUUGUUGCUGUCAGUCUGCAUUGGUUCAUAACGUAUAGACGUAGUGCAGGCAGUGUUGCCAUUGCAGAUGCUUGGAUAAUUCCUGUUGGAGAUCCUAAUAUAGCUGUGGGGAAAAUAUCCUCCCAGUCCAGCACUUUUGAAGCAACAGGAGAGUCCAGGAAGGCCAUUGAUGGGUCUCUGGCAAAUAAUUAUGCUAAUGGAGAUUGCUCCCUAACAAAGAAGGAGUUUGAACCCUGGUGGAUGGUGGAUUUGAUUUCAGCAUUUCAGGUGUCUGCUGUGGUGGUCACCAAUAGAGGAGAUUGUUGUGAAUCGCGCAUAAAAGGAGCUGAAAUUCUGAUUGGUGAUUUGCCUGAGAAGGGGGGCACCAUGAAUCCCAGGUGUGCCACAAUCAGCAGCAUGGAUCUUGGGGAAACAGCGACCUUUAACUGUGCAGGAAUGCAAGGGCAGUAUGUGACCAUUACUAUCCCAGGGAGAAGAGAGCUGCUCUCGCUCUGUGAAGUGCAAGUGCUUGGACACCCCUGGCUACACAUAGUUCACAAUGGAGGGCGGAAUCCUGUCAGAGAUAGUGAAACUGAUUUAGGUCUGCAGGGCAGAGCACUGAGUUUUCUGAAUGAAUCAAAAGACAGUUUCGUUGUCAUAUCCCCACAGCAGCCUUUGAAUCUGAUGGAAUUCACACUGUGCAUGAGAGUGGCUGCAGAAUAUCUGGGUGAACGCAAAGUCAUUCUCUUCUCCUACCACUCUCCCAAUGAUGAACUUAGAAUCUUGCGUGAAUCAAGUGGUAAUUUUGGUUUGCACAUGGGUGGGCGGAGUGUAAUGUUUGCACUCCCUGACCUCAGUGCUUUUGGGAGUCAUUUGUGUGUGACCUGGGAAUCCACAUUUGGUCUUGUUGCCUUUUGGAUAAAUGGAAAACGGAGUAUCAGGAAGAUAUCUAAUGUGGGACACAUUCUUCAACCAGGGGGUACUGCAGUGCUUGGUCAGGAUCAGAGCGCACAAACCACAUCUGAGAAGCAGAAUCAACGUUUUGUAGGUGAAAUAACCGAUCUCUACAUGUGGGAUUAUGUACUGAAGUCUCGGGACAUUGAGAAUGUUUUCCAGAUGCAUGACUUUCCCAGGGGAAACAUCUUUGACUGGAAUAUCUUAUCAUACAAGAUAAAAGGGAAUGUGAGGGUAUUGCCUAAUUGCUCAGCCCUCAAUGUUGCCGUUGGAGCCCGCAAUGUUGCCAUCCAAGGAAAUGCUUUACAAUCUAGCACGUACAACCGAUUGGGAAUUGCUAGCAAUGCUAUUGAUGGGAUCACCACAGGUGAAUUGACAGCUGGGUCAUGCACCCACACUGACAUAGAAUCCCAUCCAUGGUGGAUAGUGGACUUGAAGUCAGAGUAUCGAGUGGUUCAUGUAAACAUCAGCAACCGGGCAGACUGUUGUGCAGAACGGCUGGAUGGGGCAGAAAUCCGGAUUGGGAACUCUCCAGAGGCAGGAGGCAUUUUGAAUCCCAGAUGUACUGUGAUUGAAUCCUUGGAUCUUGGGGAAACCCAGAGUUUUUAUUGUGAAGGUAUGCAAGGAAAGUAUGUUACUGUUACCCAACCAAAUGGAGGAAUCCUCACACUUUGUGAAGUCCAAGUGUUUGGUGAGAAGUUAACUUCCCCCGAUGAGCCCAGGCCUGAACAGACUCAGUCUUCCAGACUACUGCCAAAAGGAGAGCAAGUCAACACCUCUGAACCCAAUAUUGCUCUUCAAGGAAAGGCAUUCCAGUCCAGCACCUACAACCCGCUUGGAGACCCUGAGAAUGCCAUUGAUGGAGCUUUAUCAGUUAACUAUAUGCAUGGGCAUUGCACCCACACAGAGCUUGAAAUUAAUCCAUGGUGGACAGUGGACUUGGGAUCAGAGUUCCAAGUACACAAAGUCUAUGUCCGCAAUCGAGGAGACUGCUGUGCAGAUCGGAUAAACGGUGCUGAAAUCCGAAUUGGGAACUCAACGGAAAAAGGAGGCAUUACAAAUCCAAGGUGUGCUACAAUCAGUUCUCUGGGUCUAGGAGAAGCAAUCAUUUUUGACUGUGGAAAAGCGCAAGGGCGAUAUGUAACUGUUACUGUUCCAGGCAUAGAGCAUCUUACGCUGUGUGAGGUCCAAGUGUACGGUGUGAAGGAAUAUACCUCUGUCUAUAAUGUAGCCCUUGAUGGAAAGGCACUCCAGUCCAGCACCUACAAUCUAUUAGGACCCCCUGAAAAUGCCAUUGAUGGCUCUGAAUCAGCUAACUAUUUACAGGGACACUGCACGCACACAAAUCCAGAGGACAACCCAUGGUGGAUGGUGGACUUGAGAGCAGAGUUCAAAGUGUCUAGUGUACAUGUCACCAACCGGGAAGACUGCUGUUCAAAACGCUUAGACGGUGCCGAGAUCCGAAUUGGAAAAUCAAAAGAUCAAGGUGGCAUCACAAAUCCAAGGUGUGCCACAAUCACCAUGCUGGGUCCUGGGGAAACACGUAAAUUUGAUUGUGAAGGAAUGACAGGACAGUAUGUGACACUCACCAUCCCAGGCGAACAGAAAACUCUCUCUGUAUGUGAAGUGCAAGUGUUUGGUGUGAGGGUAACACCCCUCAUCCCCAAUGUGGCCCUUGAAGGUACAGCAUCCCAGUCUAGCACCUUAAACAAACUAGGAUUUGCAGGGAACGCCAUUGAUGGGUCUACAUCAGUGGACUAUAUGCAUGGAUCAUGCACUCACACAGAUGGAGAGCUUAAUCCAUGGUGGACAGUGGACUUGAAGGCAGAGUUUCGUGUAUCCAGUGUAAGUCUCACCAAUCGAGAAGACUGUUGUGCUUCACGGCUCAAUGGUGCUGAAAUCCGGAUUGGGAACGAUUUGGAGGAAGGAGGCUCUACAAAUCCCAGGUGUGCGACAGUCACCUCAGUGGGUGCUGGGGAAACCCAGAAUUAUGAGUGUGGAGGAAUGCAAGGAAAGUAUGUAACAAUUACCAUUCCUGGAGUUAAUUACCUUGUACUAUGUGAAGUCCAAGUGUUUGGUGUGAAGGUUGAAUCUUCUGGAAAGACAGAAGUCUCAGCAUGA